AUGGAGAACGCGGAGAAACAAGAUGACAAAGCCGUGCAGGAGUGCCCCAAAGUGGAUGACACAUCGGAGAGAGCCGUGUGCGUAGAGGGGGCUCCGGCGGCGCAAGGCAUAAGCGCAGUGGCGGUGCUAUGGACGUUCGGAAAGUGCCUGGGCGCCCUCCUGCCCGUGUACCUGGCUGGGUACUACCGUGUGAGCACCGGGCUGCUGGUGUGCGGGAUGAUGGUGUACACGGGCUGGAAACACGCACGGGAGGCAAAGGAGGCCAGGCUGAGGUCCGCAAUCAUGCUCCUGGACGACGAUGAGGACGGGGUGGAGGCGAAGGUGUCCCGGCUGAAGAGAGAGCUGCCAGCCUGGGUGAAUUUCCCAGACGUGGAGAAGGUGGAGUGGCUCAACAAGGUGCUGCAGCAGGUGUGGCCCUUUGUGGGACAGUACCUGGAGAAACUCCUGGUGGAAACCAUCGCUCCGUCGAUCCGGGCCUCAAGCGCUCACCUUCAGACUCUCACCUUCACUAAAGUCGACAUGGGGAACAAGGCCAUGAAGGUGGUCGGCAUCAAGGCUCACACUGAGAACGACAAAAGACAAGUGCUGCUCGACCUCUACAUCAGCUUCGUGGGGAAUGUGGAGAUCAAUGUUGAGGUGAAGAGGUAUUUCUGCAAAGCUGGAGUCAAAGGAAUGCAGCUGAACGGGAUGAUGAGGGUGAUCCUUGAGCCGCUGAUCGGAGAUGUGCCCAUUGUCGGAGCGGUCACUAUGUUUUUCAUCCAGAGACCUAAACUGGACAUAAACUGGACCGGAUUGACCAAUUUGUUGGAUAUUCCAGGACUGAACGUGAUGUCGGACAGCAUGAUCAUGGACGCCAUUGCCUCGUUCCUGGUUCUCCCAAACCGCCUGGUGGUUCCUCUGGUGCCUGGUCUCCAUGUGGCCCAGCUGCGCUCUCCUCUGCCCAGGGGCGUGGUGCGCAUCCAUCUCAUCGAGGCGCAGAACCUGGCGGCUAAAGACAACUACGUGAAAGGCGUCAUGGCGGGUCUGUCGGAUCCGUACGCCAUCCUCCGUGUGGGACCACAGACCUUCACCUCCAAACACUACGACAACACGGACGCGCCCAAGUGGGGGGAGAUCUACGAGGUCAUAGUUCACGAAGUGCCGGGUCAGGAGCUGGAGGUGGAGGUCUACGACAAAGACACAGACCAGGACGACUUCUUGGGACGGGUCAAGCUGGACCUGGGCAUUGUGAAGAAAUCCAUUGCAGUCGACGAUUGGUUCACUCUUAAGGACACUCCGUCUGGAAAGAUCCACUUCCGACUGGAGUGGCUCAAACUGCUUCCAAACACCGACCAGCUGGAGCAGGUCCUGAGCAAGAACAGCAGCGUCACCAGCAAGACCGCGGACCCUCCCUCGUCGGCCAUCUUGGUGUUGUAUCUGGACAAGGCCGAAGCUCUCCCUAUGAAAAAGGGGAGCAAGGAGCCGAACCCCAUGGUGCAGCUGUCGGUCCAGGACGUCACACGAGAGAGCAAGACGUGUUACACCACUGUGAACCCAGAGUGGGAGGAGGCCUUCACCUUCUUCAUCCAGGACCCUCGCAACCAGGACAUAGACAUCCAGGUGAAGGAUGCGGACCGAGUGCAGAGCCUGGGCAGCCUCUCCAUUCCUCUGUCUCGCCUCCUCUCCAACUCAGGCCUGAGUCUGGACCAGUGGUUUCAGCUGGAGAAGGCGGGUCCGGCCAGCAGAGUCUACAUCCACGCUGUGCUCAGGGUGCUGUGGUUGGAUGAAGAGCGGAUCUCUGCAGCGGAAGCAUCGUCCAAACUGGAAGAGGCUGCAUCCAAACAGCUCCCCCUGCUGACCGCACCACACUCCAGCUUCGCCUCCGAGGGCCUGCUUCGGAUCCAUCUCCUGGCCGGUCAGAACCUGGUGCCGAAGGACAACCUGAUGGGAGGCAUGGUGAAGGGCAAGAGCGACCCCUACGUAAACAUCAACAUCGGGGGCGAGACUUUCACCAGCUGCGUGGUCAAGUCCAACCUGAACCCGAGCUGGAACGAGAUGUACGAGGUGGUUUUAUCUCAGCUCCCAGGUCAGGAGCUUCAUCUGGAGGUGUUUGACAAAGACAUGGACGUGAAAGACGAUUUCAUGGGAAGGCUGAAGAUAAACCUGCAGGACAUCAUCAAGUCUCAGUACACAGACCAGUGGUACACUCUCAGCGAUGUGAAGUCGGGGCGAGUCCACCUGGUGCUGGAGUGGCUCCAAACCUCCUCACACUCAAACCACGUGGACCAGGUUCUUGAUUUUCUCUCAAGACAAUCGUACCAGAACAAAGCCAUACCCACAGCUGCUCUCCUCUUCCUCUUCAUCGAACAGGCCGAUGGUUUACCCGUGAAAAAAAGCGGCAAGGAUCCUAAAGUCGGAGCAGAAAUCCGGCUUGAUAAACAGUCACGUAAAACCACAGUCUGUGAUCGGACUACAUCUCCCAAGUGGAACGAGGCUUUCUGCUUCCUGGUUCGUGAUCCCAGAGAGGACAUCCUGGUCAUCAAGCUGUCUCACACUUGGACCCUGCCCAUCGGCUCCCUGGUCAUCCCCCUCAGAGAGCUGCUGUCCGAGCCUGAGCUGGUCCUGGAUCAGUGGUUCCACCUGGAUGGAGGUCUCCCCGACAGCCAAGUCCUGCUUCGGGCUCAACUCAAGAUGCUGGUUCCUGCUAAAUGUCCAGUGCCCAAAGAAGCUACGGCUGUGAAGGCACCAGCUGACCCUCCGGCGGCCCCCAAGACACUGGAGACCGCAGUGAAAUCCAGCUCCGUGGACCCUCCUCCUGUUGAGACCCUGCUUCCCUCAGUCCUGGUGACAGAUGAGGAGGAGGUGAAAGCUACACACGUCCAAACAGAGGAGGAAGAGGAGGAGGAGGAGCAGGUCCCUGUAGUACCCCUCCCUCCACACACCUCUCCAGACAUCAGCUUUGCCAGCGAGGGAAUGCUGAGGAUAGUUCUGCUGGAGGCGCAGAGUCUCGUGGCCAAAGACAAACUGAUGGGAGGCAUGAUGAAGGGGGGGAAGAGCGACCCCUACGCCAAAAUCACCGUGGGCCAAACCGAGUUCAAGAGCAGCGUCGUCAAAGAAAACCUCAGCCCAGUAUGGAACGAGAUGUACGAGGUGGUGCUGAGAGCUCAGCCGGGACACGAGGUACAGGUGGAGCUGUUUGACAAAGACAUGGAUUCUGAUGACUUCCUGGGCAGAAUCACCGUGAGCUUGGCCGACAUCAUCAGCUCACAGUUCUCUGACCAGUGGUAUAACUUAAACGAGGUGAAGUCCGGCCGCGUGCGCCUGAUCCUGGAAUGGGUCCCAACCGUUUCCCAUCAUGCAGCACUGGACCGGGUGCUGCAGCUGCGGUCUCUCCACACGUUCACAAACAAAGCGCUCCCCACAGCCGCUCUGCUCUACGUGUACGUGGAGAGAGCACACUCACUGCCCCUGAAGAAGAGUGGAAAGGAGCCCAGACCGGCAGUGGAGCUGAAACUGGGGAAGACGAGUCACAAAACCAAGGUGUGCGAGCGCUCCAGAGACCCCGAGUGGAAAGAGGCCGUUUAUUUCCUGGUGCAGAAUCCCACUGAAGAAACUCUGAUGUUAAAGGUGUCCAGUGCCUGGGAGCAGCCUCUCUGCUCUCUCCUCCUCCCUCUGGAGCAGCUUCUGUCCGAGCCUCAGCUGCUGUUGGACAAAUGGAUGAAUCUGGACGGAGCACCGGCUGAAAGUCAGAUCCUACUGCGCACGGAGCUCAAGAUCCUGGACUCAAAGCUGACUGACGUGCCACAGCCGUCCGGAGCAGAGGAACCAGAGCCCGAGUUUAAAGCAGUGAUGGAAGACUACAAACCACCACAACCUGAUCCUGCUCCGGAGACAGAGGCCGAAGAGGAAGCAGAAGUGGUCCACGGCUCUGCUCCUGCUGCUGAGCUGGAGGAGGAUUUUGAGCAGUACUCUGAACCAGCAGCAGAAGAGGAUCAUGUCAAACCUGUAAUUGACUCAAAAGGUGGUGGUCUGCAGGAUCUGGUCCAGGCCACGGUCACUUCUCUCCCUGAUGAACCGGCUGAAGUCCUCCCCCCAAACACAACCCCACAGCACGACUUUGCUACAGAGGGCUUGUUGAGGAUCCUUGUGUUGGAAGCUCGCAGCCUGGUGGCCAAAGACAACCUGAUGGGAGGCAUGGUGAAGGGGAAGAGCGACCCUUACCUAAACGUCACUGUGGGGAAGAGCACAUUCAAGAGCCAUGUGAUCAAAGAGAACCUCAACCCCACCUGGAACGAGAUGUACGAGGUGGUCCUGAAGGCCGACAGCGCAGACCAGAUCUACGUGGAGGGCUUCGAUAAAGACCUGGACUCUGACGACUUCCUCGGACGGUUCAGUGUCAACCUGAAGGACGUCAUCAGAUCUCAGUACAUCGACCAGUGGUUCGCGAUGAAUGAUGUGAAAUCCGGGCGCGUUCACCUGAUCCUGGAGUGGGUCCCUGCGACGUCGGACCCCAGCCGCCUGCCACAGAUCCUGCAGCUCCAGUCUCUGCAGAAGUAUCAAAACAACACGGUUCUGUCGGCCGCCCUUCUCUUCGUGCACCUGGAGAGGGCGCACUCUCUGCCUCUGAAGAAGAGUGGGAAGGAGCCCAAAGCCGGAGCAGAGAUAGCUGUCGGACAAACUGCUUUUAAAACCAAGGUGUGCGAGCGAACGUCGAGCCCCGAGUGGAACGAGUCUUUCUGCUUCAGCCUCAAAAACCCUAAAGACGACAUGCUGAUUGUGAAGUUGUCCAGUGGAUGGGAGCAGCCCAUGGGGUCUGUGGUGGUCCCUGUGAGGUCUUUGGUCUCUGAAGACGGUCUGGUCCUGGAUCAGUGGCUCCCGCUGGACGGAGCCGGACCAAAUAGUCAGAUCCUGCUCAGAGCUGAACUCAAGGUCUUGGACUCCAAACUGGUGGACCUGAUGCAGUCCGGGUCUCUGCCCUCGCCCUCUGGGAACGGUCAGAUCCGCCUGUCGCUGCGGCACCACGGGAAACUCAGCGUCACGGUCCACGAGUGCAGGGAGCUGUUGCCUCAGAGUAAAGACGGCGUGGACAGCUACGUGUCGCUCAUGCUGCUUCCAGACAAAAGCAAAUCCACAAAGAAGAAGACGGGCGUGAAGAAGAAAGUACUGGACCCGAACUUCAGCGAGAGCUUUGACUUUGAUCUGUCGCUGGAGGAGGCGCGUCAGCGGCGUCUGUGUGCGUCUGUGAAGAACAGCUCCUCAUUCAGAGGCCCAGACGUCAUUGGACAGGUUCAGAUCAACUUGGCUGAAGUAAACUUGGCGUCUGGAGUCACUCAGUGGUUUACUCUGAAGGACGAAGCCGAGUAG